UGACCGCCAUGAAAGUUCGCAAAUAGUAACCACUUCAACAAACAAAAGCUCCUUCAAUUGCGGCCAUUUAAACAAUGCACAACACACACGGGGAAAAUUUGCAAUCAAAACACAAUUCUAUUUUUUUCUCUUUUCAGCCACAACGAAGAAGAAAAAAAAUUUCUCUGAAUUGCUUCAACAAUGCAGUUUGCCAAACUCGAUGAUUCACCCAUGUUUCGGCAACAGAUACAAUUGAUGGAGGAAAGUGCUGACGUAUUGAGAGGGCGAUGUUUAAGGUUUUACAAAGGAUCACGCAAGUACACAGAAGCACUCGGGGAAGCUUAUGAGGGAGACAUAUCUUUUGUAAAUGCUAUUGAAACUUUUGGCGGUGGACAUGGUGAUCCUGUUUGUGUUGCUCUUGGAGGCCCAGUCAUGACCAAAUUCACAAUUGCUUUGAGAGAAAUUGGUACAUUCAAAGAAGUUCUUCGAUCACAGCUUUUGCAGGUAGAGCACAUGCUAAAUGAUAGGUUAAUGAAAUUUAUCAAUGUUGAUUUACAAGAUGUCAAGGAAGCCCGCAAACGCUUUGACAAAGCUUCUUUGGUAUACGAUCAGGCACGUGAGAAGUUUCUUUCAUUGAAGAAGAGCACUAGGGUUGAUGUAGCUGCUGUUAUAGAGGAGGAAAUGCACAAUGCAAGAUCCUUAUUUGAGCAAGCCCGCUUCCAGCUGGUUAGUUCUCUCUCUAAUGUUGAAGCCAAAAAAAGGUUUGAGUUUUUGGAGGCUGUUAGUGGGACAAUGGACGCUCACCUUCGAUUCUUCAAACAGGCAUAUGAGCUGUUACAUCAUAUGGAACCCUUCAUUAACCAGGUCUUGGCUUAUGCACAACAGUCAAGAGAAUGUUCCAACUAUGAGCAGGACUCUCUUCAUGAAAGGAUGAAGGAGUAUAUAAGGCAGAUUGCUCGAGAAAGUAAGAAUUCUUUAAAUGGUUCUUAUGGUUCUCCCAAGGGAGACAGCAUAAUAAGACCUUUUGGAAGGAAUUCAAACAAAGAGAUAGAGGCAGCUAUGCAAUCUGCUGCCAAGGGAAAGGUCCAAACUAUUCGACAAGGUUAUCUCUCAAAAAGGUCCUCUAAUUUGAGAGGGGAUUGGAAGAGAAGAUUUUUUGUUCUUGAUAGCCGAGGGAUGCUGUAUUAUUAUCGAAAACCCUGGAGCUGGCAUUCUGCAGCUUCAAGUCAAACGGAAACUAGUCAUGGGCUGCUGAGCCGGUGGCUUGCUUCUCAUCACCACGGGGGUGGACAUGAAGAAAAAUCUGUAGCACGACACAAAUUAAAUCUUUUGACCGCAACAAUUAAAGCUGAUGCCGAUCAGUCAGAUUUAAGGUUCUGCUUCAGGAUUAUCUCUCCAACAAAAGUUUACACUUUGCAGGCAGAGAAUGCGGCAGACCAAUCGGACUGGAUUGAAAAAAUAAAUGGAGUAAUUGCUUCUCUAUUGAGUUUUCAGACGCCGAGGAGGUGUCUUUCUGCUGAUCCCAUUGAUUAUGUCGAUCAUUGCUCUGGAACCGGAAGCGAAACUAGCUCAUAUGUGGAUUGCGCAGAUGUUGAUCAAACAGCACUAGAGGAAAACAACACAUCUGCAAGCCUUGCCUCGGGAAAUCAUUUUCAUAUUUCUAGAAGUGCGGGAGACUUGGGCAAAUUAACGAAAGGUGAAAAACCAAUUGAUUUGUUGAGAAGAGUAUAUGGGAAUGACAAAUGUGCUGAUUGUGGUGCAUCUGAGCCAGACUGGGCAUCCUUAAACCUGGGUAUUCUUAUAUGUAUCGAAUGUUCUGGUGUUCAUCGUAAUCUUGGGGUACAUAUAUCGAAGGUGAGAUCACUGACACUUGAUGUUAAAGUGUGGGAGUCAUCUGUAUUAAAUCUGUUUCAAUCACUGGGAAAUGUCUAUACCAACUCAAUCUGGGAGGAGUUGUUGCACGCUGGGAGUGGAAGUGGAAAUAAAUUUUCAUGUGAUAACAGGACUAUGGGAGCUUCCAAGAUUGACAAACACAAACAGUUUAUUGUGAGAAAACCUAGUCAUGAUGAUUCUAUUGCAGUAAAGGAGCAGUACAUUCAUGCUAAGUACGCUGAGAAAUUUUUUGUUCACAAGUCAAAGGAGACAAUGCAUCUCCCUUCAGUGGCGAAACAGGUGUGGGAAAGUGUCCGUGAUAAUGACAAGAAAGCAGUGUACCGGCAUAUUGUCUGUUCAGAAGUCAAUGUGAAUGCCAUCCACGGGCAAGUUCCAUGUAAUGUACUUUCAUUGGCCAAAGCGAUGCAAUUAGAAGAUCAGGAAAGCAGACAUAAAAAAAUCGACUCCUUCCCAAAGGAAUCUUUCGAUGAUCCCUUGUGCUAUCUUAACUCCUCAACUAUACAUGAAGAUAAGCUGAUAGAAGAAUCUUCUGAUGGCUGUUCACUGCUUCAUCUGGCCUGCCUGACUGCUGACAUUGGCAUGGUGGAACUUCUCCUACAGUAUGGUGCAAACGUAAAUGCUCCCGAUUCAAGUGGCAAGACGCCACUGCAUCAUUCUGUAAUUAGUGGGAGAACUUCAAUUGCAAAACUGCUGCUUGCAAGGGGAGCUGACCCGCAAGCUGUUGAUAGAGAUGGUAGUACUCCACUGCAGCUAGCAUCUACAACCUCGCAAGCGAAAGAGACUUUUGGCACAAACAGAUGAUACAGUAUGAAAAUUAUUCCAAGGGAAGAAAAACGGAGAUUUUGCAAGGACCUUUGUAUAAUUAAUUUAGACAAUUGGCACUGUAUGCCUCAUGCUGCCUUUUGCUUACCCAAAUACGUGUAAAUUAGUCAUGCAGUUGAGAGGACUUCUAUCAAAAAGGCAAAAAUAUCAUUUGUGCUGA